CACGUGCGUGGGGAAGAAGCCGUACGGACAUAUUCAUAAAAAUUUUGACAGAUUUAAAGAUAUUAUAUUUCUAAAAUAGUACGUAAAUAGUAGUAGAAAUGUCGGACGAUACUGAAAGAGCUUUAUCUUACGCUCAAGGAUUUGUGGAUUUUGUUAAUGCAUCUCCUACACCUUAUCAUGCUGUAAAUUCUGUUAAAACAAUUUUGAAAAAGUCCGGGUUUAAAGAAUUAUCCGAACGUUCAAAUUGGUCUAACCUUGAAAUUUCCAAAGGUGGGAAAUAUUUUGUCACUAGAAAUGGUUCUUCACUUAUUGGAUUUACUGUGGGUGAAAAAUUUGAAAAUGGUAAUGGGAUUGCUAUUGUUGGUGCGCAUACUGAUUCUCCAUGUUUAAGAAUUAAACCUGUAUCUUCAAGAACUUCAGAGGGUUUUAUUCAAGUUGGAGUUGAACAAUAUGGUGGAUUAAUUGCUCAUUCUUGGUUUGAUAGAGAUUUAUCUAUUGCUGGUCGUGUUUAUGUUAAUGAAAAUGAUCAAUUUGUACCAAAGUUAAUUAAGAUUGAUAAACCAUUAUUAAGAAUUCCUACUUUAGCAAUUCAUUUAGAUAGAGAAGUUAAUACUAAAUUCGAAUUUAAUAAAGAAACAAAAUUAGUUCCAAUUGCUGGUCAAACUUCAAUUGAUAAGAAUGAAAAGGCUGCUUCUGCAGAAGAAAAGAAAUCUGGUCAUUCUUGUGCUGAUGAUCCUGAAUUACAAUUAACUCCAGAACAAUUCGUAUCAGUUCAAACUGUUAUUGAAAGACAUAAUAAAUCAUUAAUUGAAUUAAUAGCAAGAGAACUUAAGGUUGAACCAACUCAAAUUGAAGACUUUGAAUUGGUAUUAUUUGAUCAUCAAAAAUCAACCAUUGGUGGAUUAAAUGAUGAAUUCAUUUUCUCUCCUCGUUUAGAUAAUUUAACUUCUUGUUAUACUGCCGCAGUUGGUUUAACUGAAUCAGUUGAAUAUCUUUCUAAACAAAGAGGUAUUCAAUUGAUUUCCUUAUUUGAUCACGAAGAAAUUGGAUCAAAAUCAGCUCAAGGUGCAGACUCUACUUUCUUACCAGAUAUAAUUCAAAGAUUAACUAAAGUUGAUUUUGAUAAUGGUGGAAACUCUGCCAAUUACUUUCACGAAACAAUGGCUAAAUCUUUCUUAUUAUCUUCCGACAUGGCUCAUGGUGUGCAUCCAAAUUAUGGUGAUAAGUAUGAAGCUAAAAACAGACCUCAAUUGAAUGCUGGUCCAGUAAUUAAAAUUAAUGCUAACCAAAGAUAUGCAACAAAUUCUCCAGGUAUAGUUUUAUUAAAGAAAGUUGCUGAAUCAGUUAAAGUCCCAUUACAAUUAUUUGUUGUUAGAAAUGAUUCUCCUUGUGGUUCAACCAUUGGUCCAAUCUUAGCAGCUAAAUUAGGGAUUAGAACUCUUGAUUUAGGUAAUCCUCAAUUAUCAAUGCAUUCAAUUAGAGAAACUGGUGGUACUUAUGAUAUAGUUAAGUUAACAGAUUUAUUCAAGGGAUUUUUCGAACAUUAUGUUGAUAUCGAUGAGAAGAUUUUAUGUGAUCACCUUUAGAUUUAAUAUAAAUAGAUAA